CUCCCCUCCACUCCACUCUCGGCUUUUCAUCCAUGUCUCUCCAGGCAAUGGCCCUCCGUUUGGUCCUUUCUAUACAAGUUGAUACAGAUUUGUUAAUCCGAUGGCAUUAGACUCAUAAAAGUGUAUUGUGAGUGGAGAGGCUGAUGGAUUCAGGAUCAGGAGAAGGAUCAUCGAGGUCCUCGAUGAUGGACGAUCCCGAGUUCUUGAGUUCAACUACUGAUGCGGAGCUGUUGAAGCGGGCAUGGCGGACUGAGAAGGCUGCUCCUGAGAUCCUCCAAUUUGAGGCUGCCUUGGUUCAAAGAUCUCGAGAACAGAUCCAAUUGGUGGAAGAAACUGUGGAAGAAUCCAUGGCAGGAGGCGUUGAUCCACUAAUUGUAUCCCUUCACCAAAUGGACUUGGACAGGACACUCUUUCUCCUGAGAUCAUACCUUCGGAUUCGUCUCCAAAAGAUUGAGAAGUAUAUGGUUCACAUACAUAAAACAACUGAACUGUGGAAUCGGCUUUCUAAGCAAGAACAAAAGUUUGCCAAAAGGUGCAUUGAAGAUCUAGAAGAUCAUUUUGAAAAAUCUGUUCUCUCAACGUUGCCUGACCGUUACAAGUCCAGUUUAAAGCAAUCUGUUAUAAGUGAAGAGGAUGACAUGGUCCCAGAACCGCCGCUGGACUCAUACGUUAUAUGCAGAACCCAGAAAUCCUUAGGAGCCCUCCAGCUUGAUAACAGCGGGGAAGAGGACCCUGUGGACUUGGACCCUAACGAUCUAUAUGCAGUUCGUUACAACUCAAUCAAGCCGCUAGUAUAUAGUGGGCGGAUUGAUUUAGUAUGAGUGCCGUGUAUUGGCAACCUGCUGUUGACACAGGCCCGCCUUAAGAGAAAUUUGUUCACGAGCCGCAUUAUAAAUUGGUAAGCCAUGGCUAUGAUUCUGUGAGCAUUAACAUCUACCAUUACAGAUAAUUUCGUAUGAAUUUGUCUUUGGAAAUUGGAAUCCAUUAUCCGUGUUCUCCUGUCCUGGCAAAUAGUGAGAGUAUUAUAUGCAACUAAAGAGUAGAAACUAGUUUGCUUCUUGCUGUCUAGAAAACAUGUCACGGCUGGGUGAACAGGGAAAAUGUGAUUCUGCGCUGCCGGAACGAAUCUUUCUGGGAAUCUUAAAUCAUUAUUUCCUCGUUUGCACGGCUCUUUCUGAAUUCCAUGUUGUCUGGUCUCAUGUGUCUCUGAUUUUGAAAUUCACUAGUGAGUGUCAUGACUCGUGAGAGUGGUGCUUACUAGUUUUCACUUGAAUAUGGCUACGGUUGUGUAUUUAAACAGGUUAUAAGUCUUUAUCCAAAUUGGAUUAGAUAGAAAGCAACGAUUGGGAGGACAAGCUCCUAAUAAGUUUUCAUAGUGACAAAUGGGCAGACAAUUCAAAAACCAAAAAGAAAAUAUUCUUACCCGCUCAAAAGCCUUCUCCGCGAACCCGUCAUGAAGAUGUUUUAUUUUAUCACAGUGCUGUUUACGUUGCGAACAAGUGUGAAAAAACAUUUUAAUAAUAUAUAUACAGUAGUUAGAGAAAUGGGUAGGGACGAGAAUAUUUACUU